AACUGUGCAAGAUUUUAAAUGAGACAAUUAGAAUAAAACGGAUCAAUAUUUGAUUUUUCAAUUUUUUUUAUUUAUGUUUUAUUUUAUUAUUUUUUUUGAGAAAUUUUUUUUUUUCUAUUUUGGAUAAGCCUAAUUCUUAUUUUAUUUUGGAUAGAAAAUAAAAUAAUGUUGCUGAAGAUGGAGUUCCCCCACCCCCCUAGAAAUAUUAAGAAAGUAGUGGGACAACACUAUGCAAUGAAGCAACGACUAAGUUGGUAACUAACUGUUAUUUGCCCCCCACAAACACAAAACCCUUUCAUUAUCAUCAAACUCAAAUACUAAUACUAAUAUUCUUUCAUUGAAUUCUUCAAUAUUAUUCCUCUCUUUUUUUUCCUUCUUCUUGGCCUGCAAUAACUUUUCUUCAUACCCUCUUUGUCAAAACACAUCAAAUCAUAACUUUGCUUCUUUACAAGUUUUAGUCUUUUAAACCUGUAGGGUGCAAAUUUAAAUGGGGUGCACUAAAGAAUUUUGGCUGUGUAAUUUAAGGUGUUUGACUACAUCAACGGAUGCAAAAAUGGGUAGAAAAGGUAACUGGUUCUCUUCAAUGAAAAAAGCUCUCAACGGACCAGAGGUGAAAGAGAUUGUUCAGGAGUCAGGAAAAUCAAAGAAGAAAUGGUUUAGCAAGAAAAAGAGGUCUGGUCUUAACACAACACCAACAGACACUGCCCCUGCAACAAUGGCGUUACUUCCUCAGCCAACUGUGGCACCGGUGGUUGAUCCUGCUGCUGAACCAGCAAAAGUAAGUAGUGCAGCAGAUAAAGAACAGAAAUUAAGUGGUGCUGCAGAUAAGGAACAGACGAAACAUGCCUAUAGUGUUGCUAUAGCAACUGCUAAGGCUGCUGAGGCGGCUGUUGCAGCUGCUCAGGCUGCUGCAGAGGUUGUUCGUCUGACAGCAACUACUACACCUGUUUCUGGAAAGUCUAAGGAGGAAGCUGCAGCCAUUAAGAUUCAAACAGCUUUCCGAGGAUACAUGGGGAGGAGAACAUUACGUGCUCUGCGAGGGCUGAUGAGGUUGAAAGCAGUAAUGCAAGGACAGGCAAUCAAACGUCAGACUACAAACACUCUGAAGUCAAUGCAAACAUUAGCACGAGUGCAGUCUCAGGUACAUGAGAGAAGACAGAAGAUGGCUGAGGAAAACCUGGCUCGUCAGAAACAGAUUCAGCAGAAAUAUGCAAAAGAGCAAGCCAAGGAACUUGAAAAAUCACAACAAAACGGUGAUGGUUGGGACAGCAGUAGACAGACAAAGGAACAGAUCGAAGCAAAGUUGCAAAGCAGACAUGAGGCUGCCAUUAGAAGAGAAAGGACUCUGGCUUAUGCAUUUACCCAUCAGCAAGCAUGGAAGGCAUCAUCAAUGUCUGCGCACACGUUGUUUAUGGAUGUAAACAAUCCCCACUGGGGCUGGAGCUGGUUAGAACGAUGGUUAGCUGCUAAACCAUGGGAGACCGCAACCACUCCUGAGAAAGACUUUAGCAAUGAUAACUCCCCUCGUAUUAUGGCCUCCUCAAAGAACACUUUGUCUGGGAAUCAUGAGCUUACAAAAGCCUAUUAUGGCCGUGAAAAGCCUUCCCCAACAUCCAUUCGAAAACAAUCCCGUUCUUCAACUGGUGGUCGCUUGUCCACUUCCAAAGCUCCUUCAAAGUCCACUGCAGCAACCAGAAACUUGAGAUCCCAAAGCCCAAAGAUGAGCCCAAGGAAGAGCAUUUGGGGUCCAGAAGAUGAUGCAAGAAGCACACUGAGUAUGCAAUCAGAACAAUCAAGGAGAAAUAGUGUAACAGGUUCAUCUGUUAGGGAUGAUGAAAGCCUAGCGAGUUCUCAAACUGUUCCAAGUUAUAUGGCUGCCACUGAAUCUGAAAAGGCUAGAACACGAUUUGGAGGUGAAUGCAAGAGGGAGAAGAGUGUCACACCCGACAGAGUCUCUGUUAGUUCAGCUAGGAAAAGGGCUUCUCAGCCUGCUUCUCCUGCACGAUCAAGGCGGUCUACUUCCUCAGAUCAUACUUAGAACCUAAAUGAAAACAUAAUUCUUAAUAUUAAAAAUAACUGAUUUUGAUUUUACUACUCCCUUAUUUAUAUCGGUUUGUAUUAUUGCUGAUAAAGUACGUGUUUGCUUGAGGCUGGUCAUUAGUUUCUUUGGCAUAGUCUUUAGAGCAGUAUGUUUGUUAAACCUUUUGGUUUCUUUAUUUUACAUUGAGGAUAAAGCAUGAUGAUUUUGUAA